AUGGUGCGCGUUACCACUCUCCCCAUCGACGGCGACUGCUCCAUCCUGAUUAGGUCUGAUGCUCUCAAGAGGACGCGCCACCGCAACUUGCGUCAGGAUGUUGCACCAUUCGAGAAGACUACGACGGUCAAUGACUCGACUGUCAAGCGCAAGUCUCAUGAGAAGGCUCCAAGAUCUGGGAAAGUCAGCAUGCAUCGUCGCCUGCUGCACCCGCCUACCCGAGCUAUCGACACAAGCUCCUCCUCCACGAAAGUCCGUGAGGAUGUAGAAAACAGGGAACCAUCAGCUGUGCAGCAGGUUUUUGGCAACAUCGAGAUAGUCAGCAAUAUCCUGCUCCACCUCGACCCUAUCUCAGUCGUGGGCAUCAAGCGAGUCAGCAUUAUCUUCCAGAAUGCUGUGUGGGAGAGCCCCGUCUUGCGAGCCUACUCGUGCGAAGCUCCCGGCCUCCUCCUCGUAGGCCCCGACUACUGCAAAUUCAUCGACUGCAUCUGGGGCGAGCCUAUGGUCUUCAGGUCCCAAGCUGGGGGUCCUAUUGGCGACCGUAUUUUCGGCGUACCUCUUCCAGGUUGCCCACGGUUUGUCUACGGGCUUCGCCGUGACGCGCAGACCAGCCGUCUCUUCGGAGAGCUUGUCUGCCGCGUGGAUUCUCGGCAGGACGCAUUUGUCUUGGGAGAUCCGGCGCGGCGGUACUGGAAAGAGUUCCCACUAUCCCAUCCCAACUACAAGGUCGAGGUCGUUGUCGAGUAUGGUCUGGCGCAACGUCAAGGGCACAAGACGUCGCUCUGUGCUGAAGACGCCGCAGAGUCGUCGUAUGAGUAUUGUCUGGCUUGA